GAUUUAGACCCCACUUUAAUUUGUUGAUGCUGCAGCUGCACUCCUCUCUGUCUCUCUCUAUCUCUUCUCUUUCUCUCUCUCCACCACCAGCAGCUGCAGCACAAUCUGCAAAGCCAUUCAACAAAUAUCUAUCUAUUAAUCUCCUCCUCCACGCUUUGUGUGUGUCUCGCUCUCUCAAGAACUGUCAAUCUGUUGUUGCUGGUGUGUUCUUCCUGUUUCGAUUUUCUUGAUCUGUAAAGAUCGGAGUUUUAUUGACUCUUCUUGGAAGUGGAAGUGGAAGUGGAAGUAGCGUCGUCGUCUCCACAGUUCCAAAUCUUCCUCUCUGGUCUGGUGGAUAAUUUCUUCUCUUCUAUUUGGGCAAUCGAAGAUUCACUCAUUUGGAGCAUUGGUUUGGCAGAUUGGGAUGGAAUGAUUUUGUCGACACUUCCCUUGCUAGAAUUCGAAUAAGGUUUGCGAUAAUAUCAGGCGUUGGACAAUGGGGAGGGGUCGAGCGAAAGGAAAGAAGCACAAUGUGGCUAGUCAAGACGAUCCUGGGAGCGGCGAGGAAGAAAAGAUUCCGGCGCAGAAGAGACGAGGGAGGCCGCAGAAGCCACUCAAAGACGAUGUCGAUGAAGAAGACUUCGAAGUGCAGAAGAUAGAAGACGACGGGAGCGAGGAAGACACGACGGGAACACCAAACAAAGACGCGAAUGGGAAGAAACGAAAAAGGAAUUCUCCCGGGGCGGAGAAAGUCGAGGAGGCGAAAAAAGAGGAAAAUGUCGAUGUCACAAAAUCGAGCGUCGAGGACGAGUCGAAUGUUUGCCGCAGCAUUCGUCCGAAUAGGAACAGGCGAAAGAACACGCCUCGUCGCGCAGCCGAGGCCGUCGUGGAAUGCAGCUGAGAGAGGCACACCCUUCUCCUCUUGUUCUCGCAUUGUCGUCGUUAAUUUUUCUUACAUUAUCAUGGCAUGUUUUCGACGCUUAAUUUUAUUCCGGCGAUGAGAUUAUCGAGUUUGUUAUAUCGUUAAUCGCUAACCAUCGAAUGAUCAGAAAAAAAGCCGCGACAGGCCAUUUAUUCUUUCGCAAAAAUCAUGAUGUUUGAAGGCAUUCGUCGGAUACAAAGGCUCGAGACACCGAUCGCUAAAUCGAAAUGCUGUUAGGGAUGCCUUUCCCCGUCACGCCGGGCUCAGAAAAUGGUUUCAGAAGCUGGUACGGGACGACUCCCGCCCCCGUCCUGUUCAAUAGACUCGGGUCUGCGUUCCGAGCAUCGAUGAUUCCUUCGAUCUCCUUCAGCCUGCCGCUGAAUCUCUCAAACGCAGCGUUGAUGAUCUUAUCGUGCGCAAAGUACGGCUCGAUCUGCUCUCCGAUAUACUCCUCGUCGGGUGAGUGCGUCGACAGAAUAUCUAAAACGGCCAUAACCAGCGUCGCCUGAAGCUGCGACGGGAAACACUCGAGCAGGAAUUCCUCUGGCCGUUCCAUGAAACUUUCGCGCUCUUGCUCCUUGGGGUCCUCGGUUGGCAUCGGCUUCCGAGCGAUGGUAGGCCGGUUCGGGAAGUAUCCGGCGAAGUCGAACUGGCCGAAAUUCACUGCAGCGUGGUGGCCAGAAGUUAUCCAUAUGAUAAUCGUCAAGAUUCCGAUCAAGUCUUCCGGCGAGUUCAGCUCCGGCCACCAUUUCUCGUCCUUCUUAUCGGCGUGG